AGGACUCUCUUUCCCGUGGUGCCCCGCGCAGGAGCGGCCUGCAGGCCUCGCCGCCUUGACGGAGUGUCUGAGGGGGCUUCGCUGAGGGAGAAGAAGAGGCUUCGCCGACGAGACCCGCCGACCGCCAUGGGCUCCCUGCUCAGCCGCCGCAUCGCCGGCGUGGAGGACAUCGACAUCCAGGCCAACUCGGCCUACCGGUACCCGCCCAAGUCCGGGAACUACUUUGCCAGUCAUUUUUUCAUGGGAGGUGAAAAGUUUGACACGCCACACCCUGAGGGCUACCUUUUUGGGGAGAACAUGGACUUGAACUUCCUUGGCAACAGGCCGGUCCAGUUUCCCUAUGUAACCCCAGCACCUCAUGAACCAGUGAAGACCUUGCGCAGCUUGGUGAAUAUCCGCAAAGAUUCCCUCCGCCUGGUCAGGUACAAAGAGGACGCUGACAGCCCCACUGAGGAGAACGGGAAGCAGAAGGCCUUGUACAGCCUGGAAUUCACCUUUGAUGCCGACGCACGCGUUGCAAUAACCAUCUACUGCCAAGCGACGGAGGAGUUCAUUAGCGGCAUGGCUGUCUACAGCACAAAGAACCCUUCUCUGCAGUCGGAAACGGUGCAUUACAAGCGAGGAGUCAGCCAGCAGUUCUCGCUGCCAUCCUUCAAGAUAGACUUUUCAGACUGGAAAGAUGACGAGCUGAACUUUGAUCUGGACCGCGGCAUCUUCCCCGUCGUCAUCCAGGCUGUGGUGGAUGAAGGCGACGUUGUCGUGGAAGUGACCGGCCAUGCCCACAUCCUCCUGGCUGCCUUUGAAAAGCAUGUGGAUGGCAGUUUCUCAGUGAAGCCUUUGAAGCAGAAGCAGAUCGUGGACCGGGUCAGUUACCUGCUUCAGGAGAUCUAUGGCAUUGAGAACAAGAACAACCAGGAGACUAAGCCCUGUGAUGAUGAGAACAGUGACAAUAGCAACGAGUGUGUGGUGUGCCUCUCUGACCUGCGGGACACCCUCAUCCUGCCCUGCAGGCACCUUUGCCUCUGCAACUCGUGUGCCGACACCCUGCGCUACCAGGCCAACAACUGCCCCAUCUGCCGCUUGCCCUUCCGAGCCCUUCUGCAGAUCCGAGCCGUGAGGAAGAAGCCCGGGGCCCUGUCUCCGCUCUCCUUCAGCCCCGUCCUGGCACAGACCCUGGAUCACGACGAGCAUUCGUGUUCGGACAACAUCCCUCCGGGCUAUGAGCCCAUUUCUUUGCUGGAAGCACUGAACGGCCUGCGCUCCAUCUCCCCCUCCAUCCCCUCAGCUCCCCUCUACGAUGAGAUCACCUACACGGGGGUCCUGGACGGGCUUCCCCUCUCUGGAAGACCCCUGGUGGGGCUGGACCGAGCUGUGGAGAGCAGCCACCAGAAGAGCAAGCGCAGCAAGUCUCCAGACAGCACCCUCCGGUCUCCCUCGUCACCCAUCCACGAAGAGGAUGAGGAGAAGCUUUCGGAGGACUCAGACUUGCCGCUCAGCGGGACAGAGCUCGUGCUGCAGGAGGGCAGCUCCCCAGAGAGCCUGACAGCGGAAGAAGCAGAGGCAGCCAGCCCCUUGCAGCAAGGUGCCCAGCCUCCCUCUGUGGAGGCCCUUGUCCAGGAGAGCAGCAGCAGCAGCACCUGUGACCCCAGCAGCCUCCCCAUCCUGGAGAGCGACCUGCCAGCGGACGUCUACCUGCCAGGAUCCUCUGACUUCGCUGGCACCCUCCCUGGCCGUGGGACCAGCCAAUCCGGGCAGCCCUUCCUGUUCAACAAUCCCCGCCUCUGCGUGGAAAGCGGGCAGAGCCCGUCCUGAGCGCCUGGCUCGGGGUUCGAAAGCCGCCGCCGCCGAGGUGCUCACAAUGCCAAAUGCCCGGGCGCAUCUUCUGGGGCGGCUCCUCUUCCUGCCUGCCUGUGGGGAAGCAGCCCCCUCUGCCUCCCUUCCUCUUCCACCAGCGAAGGAUCCUUUACGGGACACGGGUUCCGAUGUUGCGGCACGAGACAGACAUUUCCCCUCUGCGGGGCUCAGCCUCGGACCAGGACUCUCUCCCCCCUCCCUCCAAGGGACUCUUCUGUGUCUUUGUACAGAAAUGCAUGAUAUUCAGUGCGCCCCCCCCCCCCCGCAUUGGCUGUGAGGCUGGUGUGAUGGAAAAGAUUUCCUCCUGCCUUGCUGUGCUCUCUUCCUCCCCUCUUUGGACAUAUCUGUUGGCGCCUUGGCCUUUUUAACCCCCUGCCUCUGAUUUCCCCCCUCCUGCUUCCCAGCCUGCCUGCUCUGCUCCCGGCCAGCACUCGGGGCUCCUGGCAGAAACCCCCAUCUAGGCACAUGGGGCGGGGGGGGGGCUUCUUCCUGCUCCUGCAGAAAGGGGAAGUGGGUCAGGCACAAGGCCCUUUCUGCCCUCCUCCUCCUCCUCCUCCAUGGACUUCCUGCCAGGGGGGUGGCUGGACUCCAGAGAGGAAGCCAGCGAGGGGCGGGGGGGACUCAGCUGGAAGUGGCCUGAGGCUCCCCACUGGGACCUGCGUCUUCUGCCCCACAGCUACCCCUCCUGCACCACCACGACCUGCUGCUUUGCUGCAGGAUUUGGAGGCAGAGCCAACCUGGGGGGGGCACUUUUGCUGGAGGGUGACGCAGAACCUGCUGCUUCCUCUCUUGCCCUGAGGCCGGGGCAUCUGGUGGGCGCCCCCUUGUGCUGCCUGUGCCACCAAGCAGGAGCCUGUUCACCCCCCACCUUGAGCUCCACGGUUUGGGGCUGUGCCCAGGUGUGCCUUCUCCUCCUCCUCCUCCUCCCUCCCAACUGCUUCACCCAGAAGGCGGUGGGGUGAGGGGUGUCCUUGUGGACUAGCUGCCUGAGGGGCUGCCAGCUGCUUCCUUGCCCCCCCCAACUUCCACCUUUGAGGGGGCCACUCUCUUUCCAGGCCCAGAGGGCAGAGCUGGGCCAAUGUGUUUCUAUAUUUAUAGUAAUAAACCCCUCCUGUGUCAGUCUGGUUGAA